UGUUGUUAUUCAAGAGCCAUCUGGCGGUAGUUCUUUUCUGCUCCCUCCUGCCCAGGCCGUGGUGUGUUCUGGGACAAGAUGGUGCAAACCAAGACAGUUCGCCGGUCUGUCAAGCCGGGCGGUGUUCGUUUCGGCAAGCCCAAGAGUAAAAAGGUUAAGCAGGUUGUUGAGAAGCCCAAAACCUUCGUGGAGAAACCCAUUGGAGGCGAGAAAAAUGGCGGGACUCGUAAGGUGCGCGUCAAGAAGCUGCCCGCCUACUAUGCCUCACAGCCCAACCCCAAGAAGAGGGCUAAGCGUAUCAAGCGCCACACCAAGCCCCUGCGAUCCAGCCUGACUCCCGGGACCAUCUGCAUCCUCCUGGCCGGCAUCCACAAGGGGAAGAAAGUGGUGUUCCUGAAGCAGCUGAAGAGUGGCCUUUGUCUUGUCACUGGUCCCUUCAAGAUCAAUGCCUGCCCUCUUCGCCGCGUCAAUCAGAUUUACCUGAUCGCCACGGCCACCAAGCUGAACAUCAGUGCAUUCGGCAUCCCCAAGCACAUCAAUGACAAGUACUUCAGGCGGGUGAAGGCCAAGCGUCCCAAGAAGGAGGAAGGAGACAUCUUUGAACAGAAGCAAGAGAAAUACGUGCCGUCCGCUCAGCGCAAGAAGGACCAGGCAGUGGUGGAUGGCUUGGUGAUGUCUGUGAUCCGCAAGCGUGAGGACAAGAAGAUGCUGUUUGGCUACCUGGGCACCACCUUUAGCCUCAGGAACAAAAUGUAUCCUCACAGACUGAAGUUCUAAAUAAAUGAGUAAUGUAUG